UUUAACUAAGAGCUUGAAAUUGUAACGAGAGAAAAUAGUUUUGAAAUUUUCUUGAUUUAUUAAAAGGCGUGAAAUUUGACUUUGAGUUGCAAUGACGGUGUCUUAUCAGGCUCAAGUGGCAACUAGCAAUUUCAAUUGCUUCCUCAAGCUCUUAGCGCGCUGGCGUGGCAGUAUUUAUAAAAUUAUUUGGAUUGAUUUGGCUGUAUUCAUGGUCUUAUAUUAUUUUUUUGGCAUAAUGUACCGCUUCGUGAUGGGACCCGAACAAAAGCGCCUAUUUGAGCUCCUCAUCCACUACUGCCACAACUCGAGCACUCUCAUACCGCUUUCGUUUGUGCUCGGCUUUUACAUUGCCGUCGUCAUGCAACGCUGGUGGACUCAGUACAUCACUGUGCCGUGGCCUGAUCCGCUUGCCGUCUAUGUGAGCACACUCUUCGUGGGUCAAGAUGAACGUGGACGCAUGAUGCGUCGCACUGUAAUGCGUUAUGUCUGCCUGUGUCUCACCAUGAUCUUUAUGAUGGUGGCGCCUAGUGUGAAGAAACGUUUUCCCACUAUGGACUCUCUAGUCGAUGCUGGUUUAUUAACCGACAAUGAAAAAGAUGUACUAGUCGCCAUGGAUGAAAAAUCUCCGAAGCAUCGCAAGCAUUGGGUACCGCUCGUGUGGGCCGCCAGUAUUGUGUCGCGUGCGCGCAAAGAGGGACGCAUUCGUGAUGAUGUUGCUCUCAAGACUAUUUUCGAUCAGUUGGAUGCUUUUCGUAACAAGUGUGCCGUUAUUCUGCAUUUCGAUUCGGUGCCGAUACCACUGGUCUAUACGCAAGUGGUAGCAUUGACUGUGUACUCGUACUUUUUGGCGGCAUUAAUCGGUCAACAGUGGGUGCCCAAGGAGGUCGAUGCAGAUGGACAUUUCGAUUGGAUCGACUAUUAUGUGCCUAUUUUUACAAUGUUGCAAUUCUUCUUCUACAUGGGUUGGCUGAAAGUGGCGGAGUCGUUGCUAAAUCCAUUCGGUGAUGAUGAUGACGACUUUGAGGUAAACUGGAUGAUUGACCGUAAUUUGCAAGUUUCCUAUUUCAUUGUUGAUGAAAUGCAUCACGAACAUCCAGAGUUGGUAAAAGAUCAGUAUUGGGAUGAGGUUUUGCCUGGUGGACUGCCGUAUCCGGACGAUUUUCAGAGAGUUUCAACGAACUUCGCUGAUGUCGGAAAGUCGGAUGGUGCCGCUCACUUUGUUUGGAAACGACGAGACAACAUGGCCAUCAAUUCCAGUCUACACAGCAGCAUUUCGCGCAUCAAUUCAGCAAUGAAACGUUUGAUUAGCAAAGACGAUACACAAACCACCACCAUCAGCCCUACACAUCUCUCUACCAGCUCUAACUACAGCGAUGAUGAGGAACAAACCCAGCAUUCAACAUCUUCUUUUCACGAAAGGCAUGUAAUUACCAAUAAAUAUUCCGUUGCAGCACCACGUCCAGCGGCGAAAAUAUCUGAUCGCACCACAGAAACAGCAGAGUCGCGAAGUUCCCGUUUGGCAGUCGAUCAGCGGCGUACGCUUUCAAGCACUGCAAAAUCCAUCAGCUACGAGGAGGAUCACGAGGAGAGCAAAAUCGAGAAGGAUGAUUUUGAUUUGUUGCGUGAAGAGCGCGAGCGGCAGCGCCAGGAACGUCAACGUCAACGUAUUAUGCAAAAUGUUUAUACGGCCACAAGUGCUACUGCGGAUCUGUUGCCGGCAUUGAUAGCAUCGGGUUUGAAUUUAACAACGCCAUCAACACUAUCGAUAACUCUACAACCUACACAACAGCAGCAGAGUGAGCAUCGUAGCGGUACGUCGAAUGCAAAAAGUAGCAGUAGUUUGGUCGACAGCAAAACAGCCUCGAAGGUUGAGGCCAAGGAAAAGCGCGAUGAUGAAGACAAGCAGCAAAAAUGAGGUAUUCUCGCGUUAUGUUGAUGAAUUUGUUAUAAACUUCUGUUUUAUAUUUUAGUUCCAGUUAUUAUAACUUAUUUUAAAACUGUGCUGGUAUAUUUUUUUAAAUAAAUACUUACACAAGCUGUUUCUAGAGACGGGUCUAACUUUGACGUCGUCUUCAGCCACAA